AUGCAUACAUGUAUUAUGUAGAACAAAAUAUUUAUUACUAAUCAGUAAUAUGUCAGUGAAAGAUAUUAGCGUCACCUCAGCCACUGUAACAGAGAAGCCAACUUGGUUUUCUUCUUUUGUUAUCUUCGAACUCUUUUGGUUUAUCUGUUUUGUGGUCAGCGCCACUGCAAUAUUUAAACUCCGACGUCGUGCAGAACAGAGAAAACGACAGGUUUUUGCUGGCCGGCGCAGGUUUCCUACUAGCUCCGUUUUCCGAUCAAUUUAUCGGGCUGGAAAUGUGAGCACUGUGUAG